UGGGAUGAUAAUCUAUAAGUGGAGGAGCAUUCAGAUGUUAAUCUUAAACAGGAUGUGAGCUGAGAAACCACCCGCUGAGAACAAGUGACCUUGCUGCUGCUGCUGCUGCUGUUGCUGCUACUUUGUACACACACACACAUGCACGCACACACACACACACACACACACACACACACACACACACACACACACACACACACACACACACACACACACACACACACACACACACACACACACACACACACACACACACACACACACACACACACACACUCUCUGGCCUACACAUCCUCUCCACACUGAAACCUGUUCUCAUACUCAGUCGACUUCUCCUCACACAAAGAAACUCGGUCUCGCUGAGUGUAAACGUCUCCAUCCCACCAGCAAAAAGUUGUGUUUCCUUGAAGCUGAAAACUGUCCCUUUAUGGACGACGUUCAAAGAUAAAGAGUGCACAUCGAAAUGUGUCUCCUUUGAACAUGGAUCGUUGGAACAGAGCAGGCGGGAUCAAACAAAGAUUCGAUCACCAUGACGACUCAGACGAAGGAGAUUACCACGAGCCAGAGGAACCCAUAAUGCGCUUUCCCAGACCUUGCCAGCCGCCUUCAGUCUACGCAGACAAGGGUCCUGCGAGAGAACGGCCUUUUCCCAGCGGAGCUAAAGAUUUGAAGAACAUUUUGGAUACUCCUCCUCGACUGCCGAAGAGGCCCCCAGGAAGCGCUGCGCCGAUUGUAAACCGCGAUCUAAAACCAGGGCGACAGGGGAAGGCCACUUCAGAUCGAAGAUCACAGACUCUAGGUUCUAAUGAACCGACUACAAAGAUCCCACCGAGGCCAGUGAAAUCACUUCCACGUGACUGUUUUGAUCACACUGACGAUGCUCCUCCAUCCAGAUCUCCACCCUGUGCUCCAGUGCGCACCCCACACAUACAUACACGCACUGCAGCUGACAGUGGUGCGAGUCUGACAGAGGGCGAGAGUGUGAGUAACAGCAGAUUAACAGGUCUCCGAAGUAGCCCCAAUAACCGACACUCGCUGGAUCUGGAGUCAUGUGAACAGGACCGAAGAUACUUGACAGAAGAGACCGCUGUACGAGUUUCAGUCAGACAGAUGCAUCACGAGUGGCCGCAGGUUAAAGCAGACACAGAGCAGGCCAGCUACACAGGACAUAGCAAACCAGUAGAGGCAUCUGCUGAGCAGGAAUGGUAUGUAGGAGGCUUUAGUAGAGUGGAAGCAGAACAUGCACUUCAUCUGGUGAACCGGGAAGGAGCUUUUCUAGUGCGCGACUGCUCCAAGAACACUACACAGGAGCCAUACGUCCUGGCCUUAUUUUACGACAACAGAGUCUUUAACGUGCAGAUUCGUUUUUCUAAGGAGACUGGCAAGUACACACUGGGAACCAGAAUCAAGACUGACGAUACGUUUGAAUCCGUGGCUGAAAUCAUCAAGUUCCACUCCAUAUUUCCCAUCUUGCUUAUUGAUGGACGAAACCCGGCAUCUGCGGCCAGUCAUAAGAGACAGUGUGUCCUCAUGUAUCCCGUCACAGCAGAGGACAUGAGGCGAUUGCUGAGCUAAUGAGCUAAACUCAACAAUAAACGAAAAAACAUAGUAGCAUACAGAGUAACAAGAUAUGCAUCAUCUGUAUGAAAUACAAUAAAUAAAUAAAAUUAUACACACCCACCUACACAAUAAGCAUUGUAGAUGUAGUGAAAGUUAAAUUGUGAAAGAUUUCUAGAGGAACAAGCAAAGUGCUAAAGUUGGUUUCACCUCCUCUCAGAAGCACUUUCUUGAACAGCUGAUGAAUGAUUUUAUUUUCCCCCAAAAACUAGUUGUAUCUCUGUACACUUUUUGUACUAUGCAUAACAUUUACUGAGGUACAUUGCAGUUACUUCCUGGAUUCUUCUUUUACAUGCAUAUUUUGCAAACUGCUUAAAAGUUUAUAAGUUUUAUUUUCAUGACCGAAGUGACGAAUGAAAUGAAUGAAAGAGAAAUGUAUUAGGAAUAAAUAAAUUAGAAAGUAAGUGAAACGGCUGAUUGGUUAGCUGCUGUAACACCAAUUAUGAUGUCACUCUACCAACGUUUCCCUCAGUGUAUUUCAAUGGGAAGGACUCACCCAUUAAGAAAUAUUUAAGAAAUAUAUAGAAAACAAAAUUCCACAGUAGAACUUUUGCUGGAAUGAUCUACAAGACAGUUUGAGUGCUCUACAUGUCCUGUAAAUUAAGGCUAUGGGCUGCGCUCAUCACAGAAAAAGGAACAGGGAUGUGGAAGGAGAAGAAGCAGAAAGAGAACUGUAAGGAAUAAGAGCCCUGUGUAAUGAAACAUUGCACUAGAUGCCCAAAAAGACAAAAGAGCCACUAGAAUCAGAAAACGUUUCACAUGUAUGAAGCAGUUGUAACUCUGCCAGGAACUGUAUCCAUAGGCCGACUAUCCUGAGAUUGAGGACAAUGAUGAUGACAGAGAAAGAUCAUAGGCUUAAAACUGUAGCUUACUUGGUUCUUUUGGUUGUUGAGUACUAAAAUCAACUGGUAAACACCACUUUCAUAACAACAAGCUGUCUGGAAGCAUUUCCUGAGAGUAUUUCACAAAAAUGUAACUCCUGAACUUCCCCAAGUGUCAUUAAAACUGAAACGGUCAUUGUGUUUGUGGUUUGAUGAGCAUUUUUGGCAAAAGGGACUACAGUAUAUACCAAGGAAAAUGAUCCGACACCCACCAUAAAACAUUGAUGAGAAUCGGUGAUGCUUUGUGGCUGUUUUGUGGCUGGUGGUCCAGGGCGUUCUUGUAAGGAUAUUUCAGGGUAAAACCUGGUUGGUUUGGACAUACAGUAGAUAGAACUUCUAAUAAGAUGAUGAGCCAAAUAUACAACCAAAUCAACACAAAUGGUUAAAAAAAAAUCUCAUUCACUGGAUUAAACAAUACUGAAAAUCUGUGGUGUGUCCUGAAGGGCAAAAUCCAUAUACACAAAUAUACACAAAGCUAAGCACAUAAAGGAGAUUAAAAUAUUUUGCAUGGUGGAGUAGACUAAUAUGCUUCUACAACCAUGUAUAACCUCGUUAGACAUUACAGGAAGAUUCAUUCAGUGCUGUUUUCUAUCCAGACCAGACAAAAUAUUAGAGUGCUGACCAUUUGAAAACCAGUUUCGUAGAAAUAAAUAUGCACUACUUAAAAAUCAAAUAAAA